AUGCCACCCACCCUCGUUUCCAGGACCAACACUCAUGAGCACCACAACAAUCACCCAGAAACAUCCCGAGAAUCUCAAGAAGGCGUCACUCAUGUCACAGUCGACGAUGAAAUUGAACAUGCAGUUGCAGGACUCCACAGGGCCGUCACAGAACCCCACGCGAAUUCCGCUGUCCAAGAUUUGGAGAAAUAUCUGCAAAACGACCAAGGCAGCCCCGGACCUCCACCGUUGAGCGUAUGCUUCAAAUCAGUCACGACAUUCGGUCGAUCAACAGGCGCUGCUCCCAUCAAAACAGUCAAAGACGCCAUCUGGAGGACCCUGACGCUUCAAGACAUUUAUGAAUUGACAUUCAAAAAGAUCUUGUCGCCUGCCAAAGCUGAAGAUGGUCGCCCGUUGAUCCGAGAUUUCUCGGGCGUGGUCCGCAAUGGACAGAUGAUGCUUGUACUGGGCAAUCCUGGGUCGGGAUGCAGCACAUUUCUGCGCACCAUUGGAAAUGAUCACAAGUCCUUUCUCAACAUCAAGGGCUCAAUUGACUACUCUGGCCUUUCACCACAGGAAGUCUCAAAGAAUCAUCGUGGCCUUGUCACGUACAUUCCUGAGGAUGAUCUUCAUCUACCGACAUUAACCGUCCGCCAAACCCUCGACUUUGCGCUGCAGAACAAGACACCGAAGCGAUGGAUACACCAAGCACCGCGCUUCAUUCAAGAGUUUGGCAAGGCAUUCGGUAUGACACAUGUCAUGGACACGCUAGUUGGGAAUGAGUAUAUCAGAGGCGUGUCAGGUGGUGAACGAAAACGUGUCUCAAUCUUGGAAUCCCUGGCAUCUGAUGCGUCUGUGAAUGCAUGGGAUGGAUCUACUCGAGGACUCGACGCGUCCUCUGCCGUUGAUUUCAUCCGGUCUUUGCGUAUCAUGACGGAUGCUUGUCGUCGGGCAACAGUAGUAUCGCUUUACCAGGCUUCAGAUGCUAUAUGCAAUCUCAUGGACAAGGUUCUGCUGAUCGACGAAGGACGCAUGCUCUACCAGGGCCCGAUCAAAAACGCCGAAGCCUACUUCUACUCUCUAGGAUACGAACGAUUACCUCGACAGACAUUGAGUGACUUUCUCACGAGCGUCGCUUCAAGCAGCGAGGACAACAUUCGAAAGGAAACUAGAGACAAGGUUCCCCGUGGUGCCGAGAACCUUGAGAGAGCAUUCCGCGAAAGUCAGGCAUUCCAAGAUGUCCAAGACGAAAUCAAAUUGUACGAGGCAGAACAAAAUGAUAUUUUGGACGGGUCUUCAAUGAGCGACCAGACUCCCAUGACAAACGCUUUAGCAACACACGCCAAGAACAGUAAAUCGCGCUUCGUCCGCCCCAAAUCGUCUUACAACACCUCCUUUUUUCGCCAAGUCUACCUUUGCGCCAGGCGUGACUUUUGGCAACUCAAAGGCCACAAAGCACCCUUGAUUUCCAAGUACAUCUGCAUUGUCGUCUGUGCUUUUCUGCUAGCUUCCAUGUUCUACAACAUGCCAGCAGACACCGGCGGCGUCUAUUCUCGAGGUGGUUUCUGCUUUUAUUCUUCUGCGUUGGUCGCUUGGUUCCAAUUGGCUGAGUUGGAUGCUGCAUUCCAUGAUAGGACGGUAGUCAGUCGUCAGAAGAGGUACGCGAUGGUUCGACCUAGUGCCGUGGUUAUUGGCAAAGCAAUGCUUGACGUCCCUUUGAUCUUUUUUCAAAGUGCGAUAUAUUCUAUCAUUGCUUACUUCCUCAGUGGAUUAAGAAUGGAUGUCAGUGCCUUUUUCAUCUUUCUUUCGUCCAUCUUUCUUUGUGCUAUGGGCUUUACCGCUUCGUAUCGCGUAUUCGGUGCCAUGUCCCCUCAACUAGAGGUCGCACUCAGAUACUGUGGUGUCUACCUCAUCAUUGCUAUAGCUUGCGGUGGUUACGUACGGUCUGUUGGUCGUAUGAUUGCCGAUGUCCCUUGGGUAGGCUGGCUGGCGUACUUAACCCCUGUCCCCUUUGCCUACGAGAACAUCAUGUCGGCUGAGUUCAAAGGCCGAAGCUUCCCCUGCGAAUCCAACUCUAUCAUCCCCGCGGGAUCGGGCUACAAUGAUCCAAGCUUUCAAGCAUGUGCAUCAAAGGGGUCUACUCCAGGUCAACUUCACAUUGACGGCAGCGAGUACCUUCGAAGUGAGUUCGGCUUCAGCUAUGGUAACAUCGGCCGAAACUACGGUAUACUACUUGCAUUCAUCUUUGGCUUCCUCCUGAUCAACAUGUUGAUUGUGGAGCACGUGGAUUGGGUACGCAGUGGUGGCUCAAUCCUUGAAUAUGCGGGAUGUAAAAAAUCUGCAGCCAAACGUACUCGUGACGAAGAGAGCGUUGAGCAGCCGCAGGCCACAAGUGGUAUGGCCGAUCUCACAUCUGGAAACGGCCCAAAUGAGAAGCUAGUUCAGUCUGGCUCUACGUUUACUUGGAAAAAUAUCCAUUAUACUGUUCCAUACCAGAACAGCGACAAACAGCUACUUCAAGAUGUCUCUGGCUACUGCGAGCCUGGAAAACUACUAGCUCUUGUCGGAGCAUCUGGUGCUGGUAAAAGUACUCUUCUCACCGUUCUUACUCAACAAGCCACCGGUACCGUCACAGGCGAGAUGCGAGUUGAUGAUCAGCCCGUCGAUUCAUCUUUCGGCAGUAGUGUCGGCUACUGUCAACAAAUGGAUAUCCAUGUUGAAACGAGCACUGUUCGAGAGGCUUUUGAGUUCUCGGCGCUUUUGCGACAGAAUGCCAGCAUCAGCGACAAAGAGAAACGAGCCUACGUUGACAAAAUCAUUGACGUUCUCGGAAUGAAUGAACUGCAGGACAUGGUUAUAGGCUCAUUAUCGCUAGAGCAGAAGAAGCGCACAACUAUCGGUGUAGAACUUUGUGCAAAGCCAAGUCUGCUAUUGUUCUUGGACGAACCUACCAGCGGCCUUGAUAGUCAAGGAUCUAUGAGUAUCCUUCGACUGCUACGACGACUCGCUGAUGGUGGGCAAGCCAUUGUCUGCACGAUUCACCAAGCAAGCCAGGAACACUUUGAUCUGUUUGACAGAGUUCUUGCACUCAACCGCGGUGGCAGAGUAUACUAUUUCGGAGCUGUCGCCAAAGUUCUCAACUACUUCUCAACUCGAGGCGUCCAUGUCCCCCCUCACAAGAACGUAGCAGACCUUUUGAUCGAGAUUCCUGUGCGAGAAAAGCCCCCAACAGGUGAAGAAACAUGGCCAGAUGUUUGGAUCAAGUCCUCCGAGGCUGCCGAGGUACUGGAUACUAUUGAAGGGUUCACAACUGCGAAAGAAACCACCAGUGAAUCUCGGAAAUCCGCUCACGCCAAAUCCGGCUUUGCUUCCUCUACGUUGAGACAAGCCAACCUCCUCACACACCGCACACUGGCUCAGUACUGGCGCACUCCCAACUACAUCUACUCGCGCCUCUACGCCUGCGUUGUCCAUGCUGCCCUCAAUGGUCUCAUCUUCUUACAACUCAAUGACACCGAAGCAGCUAUGCAGUACCGUAUCUUCUCAGCAUUCCUGGUUCUCAUGAUCGUUCCCGAAAUUAUCAACGCAACGGCAAUGAUGUUUGAUGAAAACCGCAAUAUCUGGCUAGGACGCGAAUACCCUAGUCGUAUAUAUGGAUGGAUGGCCUUUACUACUGCGCAGAUACUCGCUGAAGUGCCAUUUGCGUUGGCUGGUGGUUUGAUGUUUUAUGUCUUGGUUUACUUCCUUGUCGGCUUUCCGUUGGGUGUCGCAGCUGGAUACACGUUUUUGAUGUUUAUUCUUUUUCAACUGUUCAUCACUUCGUGGGGACAAUGGAUUGCUGCUCUUAGCGCUGAUGCAUCGAUGGCUGCAAAUAUCAUGCCUUUCUUUGUUAUAGCUGCUGAGCUUUUCAACGGCAUUCUGCAGCCCGCAUCCCUCAUGCCGGCCGUCUGGCACUAUACCCUUUACUAUUUAGGACCAUUUACCUACUGGAUUUCUGGGACAGUUGCCAUCAUUCUCCCUCGCAUUGCAGUCCAAUGUGCCGAUUCAGAGCUCAUUCGCUUCAACGCUCCAUCAAACUCGACUUGUGGGACCUAUGCGCAAGACUGGUUGGAUACCACAAAAGGCUACCUUGCCAAUCCUGAUGCAACUUCGAACUGCGGAUAUUGUCAAUAUGCCUCUGGCGAAGAAUACCUGUCCACGCUUCAAGUUCAAGCUUCCGAUGCCUGGCCUUAUUUGUGUAUUUUUGUCUUGUUUACUAUCACCAACUAUCUCUCUGUAUAUAUGUGGGUAUACUUGAAAUCCGUCAAGGGGUGGCUCCCCUGGUAA